CCGCCGCCGCGGCUCCCACAAUGCUCGCGUAGCCCAGCUUCGGGCUCCCGUGGCGGCGGCGUCUCCAAGAUGGCGCAAACGAUCUUCGAGGCCCUGGAGGGAAUGGACAAUCAGACUGUCCUGGCUGUCCAGUCAUUGUUGGAUGGCCAAGGAGCAGUCCCUGAUCCAACAGGCCAGAGUGUCAAUGCACCACCUGCCAUCCAGCCACUGGAUGACGAGGAUGUCUUUCUCUGCGGGAAGUGUAAGAAGCAGUUCAACUCGCUGCCGGCGUUUAUGACCCACAAGCGGGAGCAGUGCCAGGGGAGUGCCCUGCCCCUGGCCACAGUCUCACUGGCCACCAACAGCAUCUACACGCCCUCGGCAGCACCCACAGCAGUCCAGCAGGCCCCACCUCCUGCCAAUCGCCAGAUCUCCACAUACAUUACAGUGCCCCCAUCCCCGCUGAUCCAGACCCUGGUGCAGGGGAACAUCUUGGUAAGCGAUGAUGUGCUCAUGUCCGCCAUGUCAGCCUUCACGUCCCUGGACCAGCCCAUGCCCCAGGGCCCCCCUCCUGUGCAGAGCAGCCUGAACAUGCAUUCUGCGCCAAGCUACCUCACCCAGCCCCCGCCUCCUCCCCCACCCCCUCCCCCACUGCCCCCACCCCCACCUCCUCAGCCCCCACCACCCCCACCCCAGAGCCUGGGCCCCCCGGGGCGUCCCAACCCUGGUGGGAAUGGCGUGGUGGAGGUAUACAGCGCCACAGCACCGCUGGCUGGGAGUGGAACGGUGGAGAUCCAGGCACUGGGAAUGCAGCCCUACCCACCCCUGGAGGUGCCGAAUCAGUGUGUGGAGGCUCCAGUAUACCCCACUCCCCAGGUGUACAGCCCUGGCAAACAAGGAUUCAAACCGAAAGGACCAAACCCUGCUGCCCCCAUGACCAGCGCCACUGGGGGCACAGUGGCCACCUUUGACUCCCCACCAUCACUGAAGACCCGACGGACCAAAAGUUCCAGUGGACUCCCAGAAGCUGCAGGGAAGCCAAAGGCUCAGAAACUUAAGUGUUCAUAUUGUGACAAGUCAUUCACCAAAAAUUUCGACCUGCAGCAGCAUAUCAGAAGCCACACUGGUGAGAAGCCCUUCCAGUGCAUUGCAUGUGGCCGUGCCUUUGCCCAGAAGUCUAAUGUCAAGAAACACAUGCAGACCCAUAAGGUGUGGCCUCCAGGACGCAGCGGUGGCACCGUCUCUCGCAACUCUGUGACUGUACAGGUCAUGGCCCUGAACCCCAGCAGGCAGGAGGAUGAAGAUAGCACAGGGUUGGGCCAGACCCUGUCAAGCACCCCACAGCCCCAAGCCUUGCCCUCAGCAGGCGAGGAUGAGGGUGACAAGCUGGAGGCCAAGCAGGUGGUCCUCAUUGAUAGCUCCUACCUGUGCCAGUUCUGCCCCAGCAAGUUCAGUACCUACUUCCAGCUCAAGUCCCACAUGACCCAGCAUAAGAAUGAGCAGGUGUACAAGUGUGUGGUCAAAAGCUGCGCACAGACAUUCCCGAAGCUCGACACAUUUCUGGAGCACAUCAAGAGCCACCAGGAGGAGCUGAGCUACCGCUGCCACCUCUGUGGCAAGGACUUCCCCUCACUGUACGACCUGGGCGUGCAUCAGUACUCACAUAGCCUCCUGCCGCAGCACAGCCCCAGGAAGGACAACGCUGUCUACAAGUGUGUCAAAUGCGUUAAUAAGUACUCCACCCCGGAGGCACUGGAGCACCACCUGCAGACUGCCACUCACAACUUCCCCUGCCCGCACUGCCAAAAGGUGUUUCCUUGUGAGCGCUACCUGCGGCGUCACCUCCCCACCCAUGGCAGUGGGGGCAGGUUCAAGUGCCAGGUGUGCAAGAAGUUCUUCCGGCGGGAGCACUACCUCAAACUGCACGCUCACAUCCACUCAGGUGAGAAGCCCUACGAAUGCUCAGUGUGUGAGUCUGCAUUCAACCGCAAGGACAAACUGAAGAGACACAUGUUGAUCCAUGAGCCAUUCAAGAAAUACAAAUGCCCCUUCUCGACACACACGGGCUGCAGUAAGGAGUUCAACCGGCCAGACAAACUGAAGGCUCAUAUCCUCUCCCACUCUGGCAUGAAGCUCCACAAGUGCGCCCUGUGCAGCAAGUCCUUCAGCCGCCGCGCCCACCUCGCUGAGCACCAGCGCGCCCACACUGGCAACUACAAGUUCCGCUGUGCUGGCUGUGCCAAGGGCUUUUCCCGCCACAAGUACCUCAAGGACCACCGCUGCCGCCUCGGCCCCCAAAAGGACAAGGACCUGCAAGCCCGGCGGCCCCCCCGGAGGAGGGCAGCCCCCCGCGGCGGCAGCAGUGGAGGGCACAAGGUGGUGACUCCCCUGCCCGACCCACUGGGGCUGGAGGAGCUGAAGGACCCAGAGGCCGGGCCAGUGCCUGAGGCCGCCCCAGGCAAGCCCCCCUUCUCGGAGCCGGAUGCUGUGCUGUCCAUCGUAGUAGGGGGUACGGUGGGGGGCGAACCUGAGCUGGUAGUGCCUGGGCAUGCCGAGGGCCUGGGCUCCAACCUGGCACUGGCAGAGCUGCAGGCAGGGGCUGAGGGCCCAUGUACCAUGCUUGCUGUGCCCGUCUACAUCCAGGCCUCAGAAUGACAAACCCCUGGUGUUUGUUCCCAGGGUCUUGCGUGAUUCUCACCUUUGGGUCUAGGGCCUCUGGGAGCAGACUAGAGAUCCUUCCCAAUGGAAGUGAGCCAUUGGUCAAAAUCCUUUCGGAAUGUCAUCUGUAAACCCUAGCCCAUGGCCGCCCCGCUGUGUCUCCUAUCCUGCUGGAAAGCCCUGCAGCAUCCUGGAAUCUGAGGCAGGGAUGAUGGCAAGAGAGACGGCGAAGUCUGAGUGGCCCAGGGUCUGGCUGGUCCAGGCUGGUGGUCAAGCUGCCUGAGACAGAAGACAGGGCAGCCCGCCCAUCCCUCCUCCAGGCUGCCUUGGGGUAGUCUCUGAUCAAGCUGCUCUUCAGGAGUCCUGAUGUGGUUGGAGCCCUGAUCUGCUGGACCUUUUCAUAUGAGGCUCCUCACAGCAUCCCCUGGCCACUCUGUGUUGUAGGCAUAUAGGAGGCUCUUGGGUAUCUACCAUUGUUAGAGUGCAGCUAUCAGCCAGAUCUGGCUUCAGAUCCAAGCACUGACACUCACUUGCUGUGUGACCUUGGGUAAGUCACUUCACCUUUCUGAGCCCUGUGUUCCUCAUUUGUACAGUGGGGCUUAGGACAGUACUACCUCAUAGGGCUGUCAUGGGGAUCCAGUAUGAUGAAAUGUGAAAAGGGUUGGGUAUUGUGCCUGGCACUCAGGAAGUGCUCAGUGCUCAGAAAGUGCUCGAUAAAUGUUUAUAUCAAAAUGUGUGUCCAGAUGGCUCAGGCCCUAGCUCUGGCAGUUCCGUUCUUAGCCCCUAGGUGGCAACAUUCCUCCAAAGCGUAUGCAGGCCGAGGGGUCCCAUGGCUCCUUACACACAACUGCACUACCCCAGUAGCCUUAGAGAGGUUUAGUGCUUCCUGACAAUUAUUUCAGAAUGUGUCCUUGGAAACACACAGAGGAAGGGGUUUGUGCUCACUUUUGACAAUGCAGCAUGUUGGGCCUCGCCCCAAACCCUUUGGAAUCAGAAACUGACCAGAGCCAGAGAGAUCUCUGGAUGGCCAUAGAUGCCCCCACAUCCAGCAUUCCCUUCCCCGCCUCCAGCUCGUCCAGUGGGGAGCAAACCAGGCUCACUGGGAGACAGAAAGGGAGAAAAGGGACUUUGAGCAAUGCUUUCUCCUUUAUCUUCACCCCCACCUUGCUGGGCCACUCUGCCUUAGUUACAGGAGAGGACACUGAGGGCUGGAGAGUGGACCAGGCAGGUUGUGGGAGGACUGUCAGACUCAGUUUUAUCACUGGGUUUCCUUGAAGGCUGUCACAUCCCUCAGACAUCUGUGUGUGGGUCUGAGGCUGGAGCUCAGAGCAAGUCGAACUUCCUCAUAUCCUCAGGAAGGAUAUGAUGCAGGAGGAGGGAUGAGUAAGGCAGCUGUGCACAGCUGAGGGGUGAGUGUGGUAAGCGUACCCAGCCCACAGAAAGGCCGGAGGAGGGACUAGUGGGGACAGGAAGUCUCAAAGGAGGCUAACACUUGAUCUAGGCCUUGACACAGAGUAUGUUGGAUGGACAGAUGGACGAAGGCAUGCCAGGUAGAGCAGGGCAUGAGCAAAGACCUCGAGGUAUGACAAUGCAAGGCCUGUUAUGUUCUGGGCCUGGUGAAUAGUCUAGGAUGACAGAGACUUGGGGAGGUGGGUGGAUCAUGAUAAUUAUUAAUACGCUUCAAGCCUCCACAGGAUGGAUGCUGUGCUAAGACUUUUAUAUCAUAUCAUGUCAGCCCCAUUGGGUGAGAAUUGUCACUUUCCUUAUUUUGUCAAUGAGGAAACGGAGGCACAGAGAGGCAGUUUCUUGCCCAAACACACAGCUAGUAAGUCACAGAGCUGGGAUUCAGGCUGGGGUGGCCUGCCUUCAGGUGCCCUUAGCCACUCUGCUCUACUGAAGUAUGGGUUGAUGUUGAAUCAGAGAGAGCCUUGGAUGUUGGGUUAAGGAAUUUUCUUCUCUACAAUGAAUAUACUCUCUUUUCUCUGUAAUGGAAGAGUCAUGGGUGCAUUAAACAUUUUUUUAAACUGUAACAAUGAUAGUGAAAGAAAUGUUAGAGACCACAUCUCCAUUGUAAUACAACUACUUAAGUUAUA